AUGAACGAGCCUCCGUUUGCUCAAGAAGAUGAGCUCUAUCCAAAGCUCUACAUCUCGCAGAGUCCCCUGUCCAUCCACCGGCGGCCAGUCGCGACGACAUCCAAACCGGAGACAGCGAUAGACGGGCUUCCCGGCCAACCGCGAAUUGGCCUCCACGACAUCGAGCUGGCAUCGUAUCUCCAGGCAGAGUUAAUCACGGCAGACUUGAACAAACUGGCGCCCCAUCUCUGGCUGGUGGCAAAGCAAGACAGCGCUCACAUCUCGUCUCUCACGCAUCAGAUCGUCCGCGGCCGCCAGAUUAUCAUCACAGAGAAUCCCGGAUUGCACCUCGUGUGGAUUUACGACCGCGUGUAUAUCAAGCCCAUACCGAAAUAUCUCCUCUCCCAUGCGUUCUGGGGAUUCUAUCUCUGCGGCGUCGACUCGCCAAUCCGCCCAGACGCCCGCCAGCAGCUCGUUCAAGCGGCACUGGGCUUCCUGAGAUCCUAUUUCUAUCUCGUCCAGCACAAGUCGGAUUUCUCCAUUGCCACAAACGACGAUCAUCGCUUGAUACCAAAGAGCAUCUCCUACUCGGAGUUCGUCAGCUUCAUCAAGGCAUUUGAUGGGAAGAGGAUCGGAGACGACAUCGUGUCGCCGCGCUAUGCCUUUGGCGAGCUCAGACUAUCACGGCUGAACCUAUGCUCCAAGGUCUUCCUUCGACGGAUCUCGUAUCACAAGAUUCACGGACAGUAUGGCGAGCAUCUCGCGCAAUUCUACGGGCCAAUUCUCUUUAUCUUUGGGAUUUUCAGCGUGUUGCUAAGCGCAAUGCAAGUGGCACUUGCGGUGCAGGCCAUGGGCACAUCCAGCCGGUCAUGGCUGACCUUUGCCCAGGUCUCACGGUGGUUCUCAGUCUUUACGAUCAUUUGCUCCGCCAUCCUGGCCCUGGUUCCUGUUGUUUCUCUGCUUGUUCUUCUUACUCGCGAGACCGUGUUCGCCCUGACAAAGCUUUACGAAAAAAGGACGGCGUUGAAAGCUGCUGGCGAAAAGAGGCACGGAAAGUCGGUUGUUUAA